AUGUACAUAUAUUUUUACAAGCUUAGACUUGGGAUCGCGAAAUGCUUUUACCCGCGAUUGAUUAACGUCACUGUCUACUUGUGCUCAGAGGCCGAAUGUUGAUUCGACGUUGCCUCGCGCACAGGUAAGAGCGAAGGAAGUAGAGCUGAAAAAAGUGGAGGAUUAGAAAUUUGUUAGCGAAGUGUUAGUGUGAUUAGUGCGAAGGGGAAUGCUGCCGCAAUAGCCGCUGUGCUUUAACGCUCCAAAAUGAUCUUCGACUUUGUGUGGGCCGUCUUCACACAUUCGGAAUUAUGAGAAGGAGCUUGAACAUAUUUCGUCCAAAAUCUCAGUGCCGUUUUGAAGAAGGAACGAUUGUAAGAGUCAUACGUACACCUGACAUGGUUCAUCGAAUCCUGCAUAUAAGGUUUUACAGAAAGCACAAAUAAAACGUAUGGAUCGUAUCAUGAAUGUGGUCAGCAUAGCAGAGAGGUGGUGUCGAGAAGGUGGUUGACACGCCUUCGUAUAUUUGAAAUGAUUGAAAGUGUAUCACGCAGAGCGUUGAGUGGCUCCAGUGGGAGCUACCACGUUCGUGGCGCCGAAUUAGCGAGAAAUCGCAGAUUAAAGUCUUUAUCAGCUACUGUUACUUUUCUAGAUGACACACAGCAUACAUUUCAAUUAGAUAAACGAGCAAAAGGACAAGUUCUACUGGACUUGGUAUUCCAACAUUUAGAACUUAUUGAAAAGGAUUAUUUUGGCUUACAGUAUGCUGAAAAUGGAGUUAGCACAACUAUUCCUACAUCUGAUAUGAUGAGAUGGCUAGAUCCGUCUAAAUCUGUAAAAAAGCAAUUAAGAAGUGGACAUUUCUUUUUCAGAGUAAAGUUUUAUGUAUCUGACCCUAGUAAGCUACAAGAGGAAUAUACCAGAUAUCAAUUUUAUUUGCAAAUACGAAGAGAUAUUCUUCAAGGGAAACUUCAAUUGCCACCUAGUACAGCUUGUUUAAUCGCAAGUUAUACCGUUCAAUCUGAAUUAGGAGAUUAUCAUCCAGAGGAACAUGGACCAGGAUAUCUUUCACAGUUGCAGUUGAUACCUGGGCAAACUGAAGAAAUGGAGAAAAAGAUAUCGGAAUUACACAAAUUGCACAAAGGACAGUUACCAGCUGAUGCAGAAUUUAACUUCUUAGAUCAUGCUAAACGUUUAGACAUGUAUGGAGUGGAGUUACACAAAGCUAGGGACUCGACAAACAAAGAAAUACAGUUGGGUGUUACAUCAAUUGGUUUGGUUGUAUUUCAAAAUGGCAUAAAAAUUAAUGUAUUUUCGUGGUCAAAAAUUGUUAAAAUCUCCUUUAAAAGGAAACAAUUUUUUAUACAGCUUCGACGAGAACAGUCCGAAAAUUACGACACGCUGCUGGGUUUCAACAUGCAAACUUAUCGCAGUUCAAAAAAUUUAUGGAAAGCCUGCGUCGAACAUCAUACAUUUUUUAGGCUUCACAGUCCAAAAAUGCGACCGAAACGGUUUCCUCUCACUUUAAGCAGUAGAUUUACAUACUCGGGACGAACGGAAUAUCAAACAGUCGAAGAUGGAAAGCAUAGAGCACGCGUGGAAAGAACAUUUAUACGAUCACCUAGUAAAAAAAUAGCCCAUACUAUCACAGCGGCGCCUGUUACCGAUGACAAAGGAAAGUUAACAAUACCUCCUGGAAGACCACCACGAUCUUAUGACAAUAAAGUUCAAUCUCUCGGCUCUCGCGAACCUCGUCAAGCAUGGGGUGAAGGAAAUCCAAGUGACGAUGAAGGUGGUUUUUUAUCUUUGAGGGAAGAAAUAACAGGAAGCUACACGCAAGGUGGAGCGUUCUCGCCGGCCUUAGGAUCUCGAGUAUUCAGUUACGCGGAUGACGAUACAACCGCUGAAAGAAAUAUCUAUGAUCUACCGGACUACAGCGAACCUACCAGUUCACCAGCUCCGCAAAUACUAGAAGAUGGUUUAGUAACUAUAUCUUUAACACCAGAUGAACAAGGUCGUUUUGGAUUCAAUGUGAAAGGUGGAUUGGAUUUAGAUAUGCCAAUCUUGGUGUCACGAGUAGCUCCAAAUACUCCCGCUGAUCGUUGUUUUCCUAAAUUAAACGAAGGAGAUCAGGUUGUCUACAUCAAUGGAAUUGACGUGAGUGGUUUAUUGCACGAGCAUGUGGUCAAUUUAAUACGGCAAUCACGUGAUUGUGGAUCGGGAGAACUUACAUUAACUGUUAGACCUAAUGCGCUAUAUAAUGCUUUGGCUGGUACUGAUGAGACAUCCGAAGAAGAGCCACCUUAUAGAUACGUGCCUGAUGCGCCUCACGCGGCUAUUGGAUCCGAUGCACUAGCACAAUCUAUGUUGCUGCUUGCGGAUGGUUUAGCGAGCGGUGCUCUUAUCGCGCAAUAUGAACAGUUAUAUAGGAAAAAUCCAGAGCUCACGUCACUCGAAUCCAAAAAGCCAGAAAAUCAAUCGAAAAAUCGUUAUCGGGAUAUAUCGCCGUAUGACGUCACUCGAGUAAUUUUGAUGGGAUCUGCAAACGGAGAUUACAUUAACGCCAAUUACGUGAAUAUGGAAAUACCAGGUUCGGGCAUCAUCAACAGGUACAUCGCCACGCAAGGUCCUUUGUCUUCCACCGUUGCAGAUUUUUGGCAGAUGGUUCUAGAAGCUGGCAGUACGUUGGUUGUUAUGCUGACAACUUUGGUAGAACGUGGCAGAGCAAAAUGUCACCAAUACUGGCCUGCGUAUAACGAGACCCUUACAUUGAGGAAUCUCACACUUACAUCGACCGCAGAAAAUGUCGAGGAUACAUUUAUUUUUAGAGAAUUUAUACUUCGUGAUGUUAACACUGGCGAGGAAAGAGAUAUAACGCAUAUGCAAUAUUGCGGCUGGCCUGAUCACGGAGUGCCCAGUGAUUGGCGACAAUUUACUACGUUUACAGAGCGCGUUAGGGCAGCUCGUACUGGAAUAGUCGAACCUGCGGUUGUGCAUUGUUCUGCUGGAAUAGGACGUACAGGUGUGUUGGUUCUCAUGGAAACUGCUCUGUGUUUAAUCGAAGCUAAUCAACCGGUAUAUCCACUGGAUAUCGUACGCUCUAUGAGAGACCAGAGAGCAAUGAUGAUACAAAAUGCUAGUCAAUAUAGAUUUGUGUGUGAAGCGGUUCAUAAAGCUUACAACGAAGGGAUAGCGAAGCCACUUCCAGAAUUCAGUAGGUGAAAAUAAAAAUUCAAAAUGGGUAGCAUUGUAAUUAUAUCAUUUCUUUUCUCACAUCUUACGCCAAGCAUCAUGCCAUUAGAAAGUAGUUUUGUACUUUGACAAU